AUAGCAAUAACCUGCCGUAGUUCAUGACGUCGUGCUGCGCAGCGCGACUAUUUUCGUUCGUGAUAGGCAGUCGACAUUUUGUUUUGAUUUUGUGACGCAAGCUAUAAUUGAAACUUGAAAAUGCCAUUAAACGCUGCAGGGUGGACAACCGAAGAGGAUGAAAAACUUAUUGAAUUAGUGCAACCACAUGGACAUUUAUAUUGCUGGCUGGAUCCAUCACGGAAGAAUAUCUUAACAAGAGAAAGAACCUGGCAAGAAAUAGCGAAAGAAUUAUUUAAACCAGUUGAAGAAUGUAAGAAACGAUGGCGAGGUCUUCGAGAUGGGUACACAAGAAAUAAAAGAAUGGGUGCUAUACACAAAUCCAAGGUGCCGAUAUUUGAAAAACUGCAAUUUCUGGACAGCAUGCCGUUGGACACUAUACCACUAGAAGUGGACUGUACAGGACAAGACAAAAAUGACAUGCUGGAGACGGAAGAUCAAAUACUUGAGGAACAGGGUAUCACUGAACAGAAUAAUGUUAUAACUGAUAACCAGGAGUAUUAUGAAAUUACUCUUGUCGAUGGCCCGCACCAAGAGACUGAUUUGAAACCACAAAUAAUAAAAAUUGUACCAAAGAAAAUUAAACUCGAAAGUAGUCAAUUAGAAGAAGCUCCUCCGAAAAAAAUUGGCAGAAAGAAUGCAGGAAGAAAAAAAUCUGUACCAAUGCCAAGGAAUAUACCACCAAUAAAAAUAUUACCCAAACCCAUAGUAAUGAGCGAACCUAGAAUUAUAAAAUGCAUAGACGAUACAAAGACUUCAGAGCAGAGAUCGCAAAUCAUAGACAAGUUAAUCGAAAAAGUAUUAAAAGAAAACACGAAUGAGAUUGAUGUAUUCUUUCGGAGUAUGGCCGCUAGUGUUAAAAAAUUACAACCUAAUCUAAUACCUAAGGUAAAAAUGGAAGUAUGCAAUGUAAUUGCUAAAUAUGAAAUGCAAAGCUUCGACAAAAAUGUACAAAAUCUUUAAAAUCUAAUCUUCUAGUAUAUUCAUUAAAAAAUAAAAUUUUGUCAUUUAGUUAUUAUGUGAUAUGUUUAUCAUACAAAGUAUGUAAAUAAAAUAGAUUAUUGAUUAUAUCUUUAGUAAUAAAUGAUAUUCUUUAUUGAUUAAAAUAUCAACCAAAGAUAAAAGAAAUUAUUAUGCACUGCCAUUUUUAAAAGUUACUUGAUGUAACUUGUUACUGCGAUUUGAUGUUUCGGUAUAUAGUACAUAUUAUACAUUUAUAACAACGAAUACUAAAUUAUAGUCAUUCUAAAUUUAAACAGAAGAUUUCAUAAAGAAUUCCAGUUGUUGACUUUUUUUUUUUAAUAAUGUUAUUACCAAGUUGUUAAUAAUGCAUUCUAAAUUUGAAUAAUUGUAUGAUACAUAUUCUUCAGCCUUAAGCAGUUGACACACAAACUGAUCAAAGAAUGUGUACCUACCAUUAUAUAUAUUUUUUAAGUUAAAUGUUCGUAAGCUUGAAAUGUAAUAAAAAUGUAAAGUUUACAUUAA